GAAUGGGCUUUAGUUCUGCCACUUCCGGUUUGGGGCUGAGGGGAGGACGAUGCACCGGCAGGAGGAGAAACAGCGGCAGAGACGGACUCUUCUCCGCUCCGGCUUCGCGUGAGCCGAGGGUGAAAGGCCUCCCACUUCCGCAAUGAGCUGCCUGCUGGCCGAAGCCGUCAUGGAUGAAUUAGCUGAAGAUGAUAUUGAUAUUUUGAACCAUGAAAAAGCAGAUCUUCAUCACAAGAGAGAUGGAGAAAUUCCCAUUCCAGUAUAUACAGGUGAAGAGUCUGUUGCCUCACAUUUUGCACUUGUCACUGCUUAUGAAGAUAUCAAAAAACGGCUAAAAGAAUCCGAAAGGGAAAACUCACUCCUAAAGAAAAGAGUUAGAAUAUUAGAAGAAAAACUACUUGGUUCUCAUUUGGAAGAAACAACAAGCCCUGUAGGUCGUGAGCAAGUUAACAAAGCAUACCAAGCAUAUCGAGAGGCUUGUAUUGAACGAGAUAAUCUGAAAAAUAAACUGGAUAAAAUGAUAAAAGAAAAUUCGGAGUCCUUGCAAAACAUGAAUGAGCAGUUGCAAUCCAAAGAAAUGGAACUGCUGCAGCUAAGAGCUGAAGUGGAAACUGAACGAGUGCUGAAGAGUCUGAGUUCCAACCCAUCUGACUGGGAAAUAGACAAAUUAAAUAAUGCCCUGAAGGUGCAUAGUUUGGAGCAAGAUUUGGAGAGUAUGAGAGAAGAAUGCAACACCCUUAGAAAAGAGCUACAGCAAUCUCUACAGAAGGCUGAAACCCAGGAAGGAACUUUAAUAAAUGGAGAGUUUUCGCAGCAGCAGGACAUUCAUAGUGUAAAUGUGCAGCAUGCAUACUGGGAAUUGAAAAAAGAGAUGUCUAAUCUACAUCUGGUGACUGAAGUACAAGCUGAAAUGCUAAAGAAACUGAAACUUAUACCAUUAGGAACCAGGAAAGUGCCAUCCUGUACGCCUCUUCAGUGUGUUGAAGAUCUUGAAAAGGAUACUGCUAAUCUACAUUUAGCGGAUUUUGGAGCAGUUUGCAAAAAAAGGCUACUCCCGCCAAGUGACCAAAUUUUCAGCAAUUCUGCAUCUUCAUCAUCAUGCAUUGAUGCGAAACCUAUUCCAGUUUGUGACUCUGAGUUUCAAGAACACAACUCCUAUGGAAAGAGCUCUCUGGAGGACAAUUCAUGGGUCUUUCCAAGCCCUCCCAAACCAAGCGAGACAAUGUUUUGGGAAAUGAAAAACAGAGUGUGCCAUUUAAACUUUCCAGAAAGCAAUUUGGAUCGGUGUAACCAAAACUGCCUGGACAAGAGCUAAGAACCCAAAAGGAAUAACUUGGUAUAGCUUUGAAGAAAACAUGGAGGGGAAGAGGAGGAAACAUUCUAAGCAGGAUUUGACUCCUUCCUUGCCUACAUUUGGAAACAAGUUGAACAAAAGGGACAGUAGAAGAAGAAAUGCUUACUGUACUCUGAUUGCAUAUCUGCAGGUUAGCCAAGUAUUAAACCUCAGAGUAAAACAAAAGCUGUUGAUUGCUGCAAAUUGUGAAUAAUAUUGCUUUGCAAUACAGUAUCUUCAGACAUUUCUUCAAACUGUGAGAGUGUCCCCUCCCCCCCCCCCCCCCAAUAGUUUAUUUCCUUUUAAAGCUUCUCAGGUAAAAAAAAUGGAAUAUGAUUUAGCUUUCUCCUCCAGUUUUGACAGUCACUGGCUUUUCAUAAUGUGUGGUGUGUGCUGCAAAGAAAAGGUGAACAAUGAAUUAUUGUGAUUGGUUUCAGCCAGAGUACUAAGGUUAUUUCUUGGCUGUGUUUUCCCAUCAGCCUCGCAGCAAAGGAUCUGAACUGCUAGAAGACUAAAGUUAUGACAAAUUCUCUCACCACUGCAGAAACAGGGUAGCAUAAUAGACAAUUGGGGUUACAUGCCCCAAGAUAACUAAGAUUGCUCUAACCAAAUCACAAUGAUCACUGUCUCCACUUUCUGAUUUUACUUUCAUGUAGGCAGACUUGAGGAUAAAGCUUUUACCCCAGAUGCAUUUAAUUUUUCUGGAAUGCAUUUCUGCCUUUGUUAUUAAGAUGCAUCAAGCAUCUAAAUAUUAUGCACAUGGGUACUUAAUAUUCUAACUAUCAGCUUUCAGAUAAUUGUGCUUCCUAUAUCACUGAUUACCGGUAGUUUUAGUAGUGAGAUCUGUUAAUCCACAUUAAACUACUAGAAGUAGUAGAAGAGAAAAGAAUGGAUGCCUUCCAAAGUGCAGAAAUUGACACACUUCCAGUAUUAUGUAGACCUUAAGAUAUGCAGAAAGCAGUGGGCAGGUUUUUUUUAUGUUGGAAAGUUCUGCCAUAGAUGUGACACCAAAGGGAUAGAACAGCUUCAAGUUUUGCUUAUUUUGUAUUAGACUUCAACCUGAUCAUUCCAUUAUUUAUUAAUUCAUUACUCCUACAUCUUCCUCCUGGUGUCUUAGUUUUGCACUUGAAACAUGAAUAAGGAAAAGUAAAAUGUAAAAUCUGUAUUUCACUAAUAAUUUCGACAUGAUUUUUUUAAAACUUGUUUAGACUUUUUCUUAAGCAGCACAACCACACUGGUGUACUGUGAAAGAGAAAGAAGUGUGUUUUCAUUUUCUUGCAUUGCAGGCUGUAUGUUUCAGUGCUGGCUGCAUUAUUCCUUGUCCUCAUACUGAAGAUAAUAUAGUCUGCAGAGGAUGAAAAACAGGAUUCCUUCUACUGGUUGUAGUGAAUGACAUGAAUAAUAUAUGUACCAUUCACCAUAUACUUUUUAAAUUUUCUUGUUCAUGUAUGCUGGCUUGCCUGUGAUUAAAUGGAAAUGGUUUCUGAUGCUGGAAUUUAUUCUGACCAAUGAGCAUAGCUGACUCCAGGGAGUACAAUCUCCUGAAGAGUAAUAGAACAAAACCCAAUAUGCAUAAAAUAAAUCCAUGUCACUAGACUUUAGCAGAUAGAACCAACUACCUGUGUAAUAACAAAGCAGCAGAAGCUGUUUCUCAUGCGGUUACAUAGCUCUGGUGUGUUUCUCAGGGCUGUCCGUUUGAUAGUAGAGAUCUGGAUAAGUAACAUUGUCCAGAGCACAGAGCUGCUUAACAUUUUGAGCAAUGUACUGAAGAAAUUAUCAUAUUUUUAAUAAAUUAUUUUUGUUUGAAAAAGGCUUUCUGUAAAUUGAUACAACUACAGUAUUUGGAGGGAUAUUCUGAACUACAUAAUACUGAGAAAUGCUAUAAGUGUAAACACUGAAUUUUGUACUUGCCGUGUAAUUUUCAGUCUGAGCUAUUUUUUCUUUCAUUUUACCCCCGUUCUAGUUUAUAAACCUUAAUUCAGAGGCAUGGCAUAAUAAUGGAGACAUUUUUCUUUAAAUCAUAUUCUGCAAUUUGUUGCUAAGGAUCAGAAUGGUAUAUGCUAGAAGGUUAAAGCUCACAGCAGGUGAAAUAGCUGAAAUGUGUUCCCGAUGAAGAAGAUAGUUGUUUUGAUUACAUAUAAUGAUUAGUAAGAGAUUUAAAUAGCUAAAUGUCCUGGAGGUCAGCUAUACAUUGUGAUGAUUGCUCCUUCUCUUCUGCUUUCCUGUUUCUAACAUUUUAAAUUCCUGUCCAGGCACUGGAGUUGACAUACUGGGAAAACCUUUUGACAAGGCUGCAUUAUUUGGUUUCCUACAUUGUAGUGAGAGAAAAUGAUGCUAUAGUACUAAUUUAGGAUAACAAAAAGUAGUUUUAGCAGAGGUUUAAUCAUUGUAAUCUUGAUUUGUAAUUGAGAUGCUACUGAGUGGUACCACCACACACCUAUUGAGUUUGAAGUCAUAAAAGGACUGAUGAAAUUCAUGGAAAUAUAAUGCAUUAAAAAUGAAAGAUCUGGAAUUAAACUUAAUUAGGAUUUUU